CGCAUUUCCUGCCUCCCCGGGCCAGGCUGGAUGAGCCGGGAGCUCCCCACUGCUGCCGGUCAUACCCCAGCCUCCAUCCGCAUCCCCAGGCCGGGACUGCCGCCGCAGCUGCCGUCCGCAGGAGCCCAGCACCCCCUCCCCGCUCACCCUUCGGCCAGCGACCCCCGGCCCGGCCCUGCGCCCCCGUGCCCACUUCUCCUGACCCCUCGGCCGCCACCUCAGAAGGCUGGAGCAGGGACGCCGUCGCUCCGGCCGCCUGUUCCCCUUGGGUCCCCGCUCGCGCCCACGCCGGCCCCCACGCCCGCCCGCAGCCCUGCCCCUGGACACCGGAUAAGGCCCAGCGCACAGACCCCCUGGUGGACAGCAUGGACCCCCGCUCGCUUCCCCCUGUCGUUGCCCUACUGCUGGCCGUCUGCAGCCUCAGGCCCACAAGUCUUGCAGAAACAGUCCAUUGUGACCUACAGCCUGUGGACGCCGAGGUGACAUACGUUACGAGUCAGGUUUCUAAGGGCUGUGUGGCUCAGGUCCCCAAUGCCACCCUUGAAGUUCACAUUCUCUUCCUGGAAUCCUCAAGGGAGGUGUCAGAGCUGGAGCUGACUAUCCAGAAGUCCAAGCAAAAUGACACUCGGCCCCGAGAGGUGCUUCUGGUCCUCAGUGCAAACAAGAACAUGCUCCUGCAGUUACAGGCCCCAGGAAUCCCACUCAACCUGGCCUUCAACCCCAAACUGAUCUUCCAAGGGCACCCAGGAGUCAAUACCACACAGCUGCCACCCUUCACCACCCAGAAGCAGUUCCUCGACUGGGCAGAAAUGAAGGGCCCCAUUGCAUCUAUCGCUGAGCUGAACGACCCUCAAAGCAUCCUCCUCCGUCUGGACCAAGGUCAGAAACAGGCCAGGGGGCUUGCCCCCAGUCACAUGGCAGUAAGUGGUGUGCUUGUCCCCACAGCCCCGAGGGUACCAUCCUCCUGCAAUCCGGAACCCCUCACGGACAUGGGCCACACUCUCGAAUGGAGCCCGCUCACUCGCGCCUCUGUCCGGGGCUGCCAUUUGGAAGGUGUGCCUGGCCACAAGGAAGCGCACAUCGUGAGGGUCCUGCCAGGCACCGAGGCCGGGCCCCGGACAGUGACCGUCAAGGUGGAGCUGCGUUGUGCUUCCGGGGAUCCCGACGCUGUGCUUAUCCUGCAAGGUCCAUCCUACGUGUCCUGGCUCAUCGACGCCAACCACAACAUGCAGAUCUGGACCACUGGUGAAUACUCCUUCAAGAUCUUUCCAGAGAAGAACAUCCGUGGCUUCGUGCUCCCGGAUACACCCCAAGGCCUGCUAGGGGAGGCCCGGAGACUCAACGCCAGCAUGGUAGCGUCCUUUGUGGAGCUCCCUCUGGCCAGUGUCGUCUCACUGCAGGCCCACAGCUGCGGUGGUGGGCCGCAGACCUCUCCCCCACCCGUCCGGACCACCCCUCCCAAGGAGAGCUGCAACCAGGAGCUGCUCCUGUCCCUGAUCCAGCCCAACUGCUCCAAAGAUGUCAUGACUGUGGUGCUCAAGAAAGAUCUCAUCUCGACUCUGAGGUGCACCAUCACAAGCCUGACCUUCUCGGACCCCAGCUGCCAGGCUGAGGACAGAGAUGACCAGUUUGUCUUGCGCAGUACCUACUCCAACUGUGGCAUGAAAGUGACAGAAAAUGUGGUCAGGAAUGAGGUGGUGGUCAACCUCUUGUCAAGCUCAUCACCGCAGUGGAAGAAGGUGCACUGCAUCAACAUGGAGAGCCUCUCCUUCCAGCUGGGCCUGUACCUCAGCCCGCACUUCCUCCAGGUCUCCCACACCAUCGAGCUGGGGCAACAGGGCUUUGUGCAGGUGAGCAUGUCCCCAUCGAUCCCGGAGCUCAUGCUCCAGCUGGACAGCUGCCACCUGGAUUUGGGGCCUGACGCGGACACCGUGGAACUCAUCCAGAGCCAGACCGCCAAGGGCAGCUGUGUAAGCCUGCUGUCCCCAGGCCCUGGUGGGGAUGUGCGCUUCAGCUUCCUCCUCCGUGGCUACAUGGUGCCCACACCCACGACUGGCACCCUCAGCUGCACCAUAGCCCUGCGUUCAAGGAGUUUGUCCCCGGACGCCCACAGGACUAUCUCCACGCGUCUGAACAUCGUCAGCCCUGGCCUGCCUGGUGACCAUCCUUCCCUUGCGUGCCCAGACAAAGGCCUCGUCCUGCCCGCUGUGCUGGGCAUCACCUUCGGCGCCUUCCUCAUUGGGGCCCUGCUCACCGCCGCGCUCUGGUACAUCUACUCGCACACGCGUCCCCCCGGCAAGCGGGAGCCCGUGGUGGCGGUGGCUGCCCCGGCCUCCUCAGAGACCAGUAGCACCAACCACAGCAUUGGGAGCACCCAGAGCACCCCCUGCUCCACCAGCAGCGUGGCGUAGCACCCGGCCCGGACACCUCCGGGCCCCCCAGCCAGCGCUCGCCCAGCAGCCACCAGCUGGGAACCACUGGCCAUGAACUUAUCCCGGGACCCCAAGCCCUCCACUCGACCAAGGAUGGACCAUGCCCUCUGCACCCACCCCUCCUGCCUCCCUCUCAGAGGUCUGCUGCCAGCGGGGGCACCAGCUCGGAACACCUUGGGGUGAACCUUCAAACCCAGUGGGCCCGGACUACGGCUGCCCAGGACCACGGAGAGAGAGACCACUGCCCUAUAAGUCCACACUGUUGUAGAAACCGAGUCCCUGUAGUUUUCACCUGGAUCCAGCACCUGGUGACCUGGGCUGGGUGGGAGGGAAGAACUCAAAACAGACUCACCCAGGCCUCCUGCACGGAAACAGAAGAGGGCCAGCCCAGAGCCACCUGGACCUGCUCCCAGCGGCCUCCACACCUGGCCUGGCACUACUCUGGCAAGGGAAACAGAAGCCUAGGGGUGCCCAGCCUGGGAAGUGGGGACCCUAGCUCCUCCCGCAACUGUCACAUGGAGGACCCCCCCCACCCCCCCCCCACGAGGCAGGCAUCUGAUGGGAAGUGGCCCUACUGUCUGGCCUGGACCCACCCCUAUAUACUCACCACCAAUAAAUUAGACCAUGAAAUCCG